GCGCGGGACGCGGCCAUGGAGGACGCGGGCGCGGCCGGCCCGGGGCCGGAGCCCGAGCCCGAGCCCGAGCCCGAGCCCGAGCCCGAGGGCAGCGCCGGCAUGUCCGAGGCGUUCUCCCGGCUCUGGACCGACGUGAUGGGCAUCCUGGACGGCUCCCUGGGGAACAUCGAUGACCUGGCCCAGCAGUACGCAGACUAUUACAACACCUGUUUCUCCGACGUUUGCGAGAGGAUGGAGGAGCUCCGGAAGCGGAGGGUGUCCCAGGACCUGGACGUGGAGAAACCUGAUGCCAGCCCCACGUCACUUCAGCUGCGGUCUCAGAUCGAAGAGUCGCUUGGCUUCUGUAGCGCCGCGUCAACACCAGAAGUGGAAAGAAAGAACACUCUUCCUAAGUCAAACUCUGAAGACGGCUCUGUAGGAAAAGGAGAUUGGAAGAAGAAAAAUAAGUAUUUCUGGCAGAACUUCCGAAAGAACCAGAAAGGAAUAAUGAGACAGACUUCAAAAGGAGAAGAUGUGGGCUACGUUGCAAGCGAGAUAACAAUGAGUGAUGAGGAACGAAUUCAGCUGAUGAUGAUGGUCAAGGAGAAGAUGAUCACCAUUGAGGAAGCACUUGCAAGGCUCAAAGAAUACGAGGCCCAACACCGGCAGUCAGCAGCCUUGGACCCUGCCGACUGGCCAGACGGUUCUUACCCGACAUUCGAUGGCUCGUCAAACUGCAAUUCAAGAGAACAAUCGGAUGAUGAGACGGAGGAGUCGGUGAAGUUUAAGAGAUUGCACAAGCUGGUCAACUCCACUCGCAGAGUGAGAAAGAAACUAAUCAGGGUGGAAGAAAUGAAAAAGCCCAGCACCGAAGGCGGAGAGGAGCACGUGUUUGAGAAUUCCCCAGUUCUGGACGAGAGGUCCGCCCUUUAUUCUGGAGUACACAAGAAGCCAUUUUUCUUUGAUGGCUCUCCUGAGAAACCUCCAGAAGAUGACUCAGACUCUCUCACCACCUCUCCAUCAUCCAGCAGCCUGGAUACCUGGGGAGCUGGCCGAAAGUUGGUCAAAACCUUCAGCAAAGGAGAGAGUCGGGGCCUGAUUAAGCCCCCCAAGAAGAUGGGGACGUUCUUCUCCUACCCAGAAGAAGACAAGGCCCAGAAGGUCUCCCGCUCGCUAACUGAGGGGGAGAUGAAGAAGAGUCUCGGGUCCCUGAGCCAUGGGAGAACCUGUAGUUUUGGAGGAUUUGACUUAACGAAUCGUUCUCUACACAUUGGCAGCAACAAUUCUGACCCAAUGAGUAAAGAAGGAGAUUUUGUGUACAAAGAAGUUAUCAAAUCACCCACUGCCUCCCGCAUCUCUCUUGGAAAAAAGGUGAAAUCUGUGAAAGAGACCAUGAGGAAGAGAAUGUCUAAAAAAUACAGCAGCUCUGUCUCUGAGCAGGACUCAGGCCUGGAGGGAAUGCCCGGCUCCCCUCCGUCUUCACAGCCUGACAGUGAACACAUGGACAAGCCGAAGCUCAAAGCCGGCGGUUCUGUUGAGAGUCUGCGGAGUUCUCUGAGUGGCCAGAGCUCAAUGAGCGGUCAGACAGUAAGUACCACUGAUUCCUCAACCAGCAACAGGGAGAGCGUCAAGUCAGAAGAUGGUGAUGACGAGGAGCCUCCCUACCGGGGCCCCUUCUGCGGGCGCGCCAGGGUGCACACCGACUUCACACCUAGUCCCUAUGACACGGACUCGCUCAAGCUCAAGAAAGGAGACAUCAUCGAUAUAAUCAGCAAGCCACCCAUGGGCACCUGGAUGGGACUGUUGAACAACAAGGUCGGCACAUUCAAGUUCAUCUAUGUCGAUGUGCUGAAUGAGGAAGAAGAGAAGCCCAAGCGCCCCACCAGGAGGAGGAGGAAAGGAAGACCACCGCAGCCCAAAUCUGUGGAGGAUCUCCUCGACCGGAUCAACCUGAAAGAGCACAUGCCCACUUUCCUGUUCAAUGGCUAUGAAGACCUGGACACCUUUAAGCUCCUGGAGGAGGAAGACUUGGAUGAGUUAAACAUCCGGGACCCGGAACACAGGGCCGUUCUCUUGACAGCGGUGGAGCUGUUACAAGAAUAUGACAGUAACAGCGACCAGUCGGGGUCCCAGGAGAAGCUGCUUGUCGACGGCCAGGGACUGAGUGGGUGCUCGCCGCGAGACUCCGGGUGCUACGAGAGCAGCGAGAACCUGGAAAACGGCAAGACCCGGAAGACCAGCCUUCUCUCUGUCAAGUCGUCAGUGGAGUCCGGCUUCAAGUCCUUCAGCAGGACCCAGCUGGGCAACUACCCAACCCUGCCUUUAACGAAGCCCGGGGCCGCGCUGAAGCCCGGGGAGGAAGGCAGGCCGGGCGGCGCGCUGACCCCCCCCACCUCCAAGUGCUGUGACCAGCCGUGUGCGACCGGCCUGAACAAACACCGAAGAAGCCUCCCCGUUUCCAUGUGUCGGAGCUGUGAGACCCUGGAGGGCCCCCAGAGCGUGGAAACCUGGCCCAGAUCCCAUUCCCUGGACGACCUUCAAGGAGAGCCUGCUGCCGAGAAGGAUGCGCCCGGCGAGGGGACAGAGCCCUCCCCGCAGAUUGUACCACAAGUGCCACUAAAGACAACCCUCUCCAUCGCAAAGGUUCAAAGCCUCAGACGGGAUCCUGCUGUUGACAAUGCACUGCUACUGACCCAAAGCAAGAGAUUUUCUGAACCUCAGAAAACAGCUACUAAGAAACUAGAAGCUUCCAUUGCAGCCUCCUCCCGCGGCACGUCCCCUCCUCCGUGUUUGCCCAAAAACUAUGAUGCCCAACCUCCCGGAGCUAAACACGGUUUAACAAGGACACCUCUUGAGGGACACAGGAAAGGACUCGAGCUUGAAGGAACACAUCACCCCCCGGGCACCAAAGACGGCCUAGGUGCUGAGCAGAGGGGACCCGAGGCAAGAACGCAGGCGAAGCAUCCCUCACAGCCUCCCCCCGUUCCCGCCAAGAAAAGCCGAGAGCGCCUGGCCAACGGACUCCACCCCGGCCCUCCCGGCCCCGACGCGCCGAGCCUGCCCGUCAAAAAAGGCAGCCCCGGUGACUGCCCCUCACCCCAGGCUGCCAGGCCUCCCUCGGCCCAGGAGCCCGGCAGCCCCCGUGGUGCGAGGCCGCCGCCCUGGCUCUCCGAGCUGCCGGAGAGCACGAGCCUCCAGGAGCACGGCGUGAAGCUGGGCCCGGGUCUCACCAGGAAGGUGUCCUGCGCUCGGGGGGUGGACCUGGAAGUGCUCACCGAAAACAAGCUGCGAGCCGAAGGCAUCGAUCUCACGGAGGAGCCCUACUCCGAUAAGCACGGCCGCUGUGGGAUUCCCGAGGCCCUGGUGCAGAGAUAUGCAGAAGACUUAGAUCAGCCCGAGAGGGACGUCGCCACCAACAUGGACCAGAUCCGCGUGAAGCUGCUUCGGAAGCAGCACCGCAUGGCGAUCCCCAGCGGUGGACUCACAGAAAUCUGCAGAAAGCCCCUGUCUCCCGGAUGUGUCUCGUCUGUGUCGGAUUGGCUGGUAUCCAUCGGUAUGCCCAUGUACACCAGCGCCCUCACCGAAGCUGGGUUCAGCACACUGGGCCAAGUGCCUUCUCUGUCCCACACUUGCCUUCAGGAGGCCGGCAUCACAGAGGAGAGACACAUAAGCAAGCUCGUGUCUGCAGCCAGACUCUUCAAAUUGCCACCAGGCCCUGAGGCCAUGUAGCCAGGCCCAUAUAUGGAGCUCCCUGGACAAGAGCCACCCUUUCACUGUGCUUAUGAUGCUAAUGCAAUCCCUCCUCCUUGGGACGUGCAGACCAGAUCCGGAAGAAAGGCCCAGUGUAAGGCCGAACUGAGCACGAAACCUUGGCCCGGGACUGAUGACCCUCUCUUCUCCAGAAGAGCCCCCUCAAGGAAAUUGGUGUGGCUUUCUUGGACUCCCCCAAAGAAAAGAUAAGCGCUAAUUUUCAUUUUCAGAACACAAAAGAACCAGGAUGCCAACUCGCCGCCCGCGCUGUGCCUCCAGUCUGUCUUGGUGCGCUGGCGGGAGGGAGGGGCAGCCGCUGUCGUUCCUAAGAACGCCCUUGCCCUUCUGUCUGUCACCCUGCGGGAUACCGGAGGGCGGGCGGGCGUUAGCCAGGCCAAAGUAACAGGCCCAGGAGUUACUGUACGCCAUUGACUAUGCUUGUUUAUUCAGAAGUUAAGAAAAUCUGGCUGUACUAGGGAAAAGAAAAAAAAAAGUCCUAUUCUCCUUUAAGUAAACAAGAGACAUUUUAAUAAUUGCUUUCUAGCAAUCAGCUUUUAUUUGCCUUAAUAUAAGCUUUUAAGCAGUUAUCUGGUGUCCAUCACCCUGUAACCAUAGUUCCAGAUCUUCAGUCUAGAGUGCCAUCUAACAUACCGGAGAUGUUUUCAGCAAAAAAGAAAAAAAAAAUGGGCUUUUCUAAUUGCCUCACUCUGACAUGGCUUAUUUUGUAGGGGUGUCUGUCAGGCACAAAUUUCACGUUGGGUUUCAGAUUUUAACUACAAACCCAGUAAAACGCUAUCUGAAACUCACAGAGAUCAGGUGUGUAUGUGAGCGUGCAUGCAUGUGUGUGCAUGUGUGAGCGCGAGUGUAUAGAAACUACCUUAAUUUUAAUCAGUUUUGUUUUGUUUACGAUGAUGGUCAUCGUGCUGCAGUAUUGCCUUUGACUCCUGGCCACGUCCGUUCCAAAUUUCACUCAUCAGCUAAUAGGUCACCUUUGGAAAGUCACCGUAAGGUUGACUAUUUCAGAAAGAUGUUUUUAAAAGGGAAGUCAUUUAUAAGAGAUUUUUAAAGGUUAUUUUUUUCCACUUUUAUAAUUAAGAUACUGUUCUCCCUUUCUUAUUGAGACAAUUCUUUUAAUUCGGAUAAAAGUUCACUUUGGAGCCAGACAAAGCACGUUAGCCACGUAUUAAGUAUUUGCCGAUUUUCAGUGGUUUUCCAACUGAUUGUAGCACUUACCAUUCUCUUUUAGUCUGGUGUCUGCCUUUUCUAGCACACAGAUUUAGGCUAAAUUAAGCUUUCUGUUGCUUACUAAAUGAAUUUCCUUUACAUUCUUAAUCAUGAGAACUAUUCUAAGCAUUGAAUGUGAUCAUUUACAACAGAAACACUUUGAAGACAAAGCCUUGAUCAAAAGCUCUUACACAUUUCAUCUGCUCGUUAAAAUGAUUUCCCUCAAGGGAGAGAAAAAAAGUAACUUCACUCAUUACAAAGCCAUCUUCAGCAUUUGCUCUGUGUACUUGGAUCCAUGUUUCUGAGGAAAAGGAUGUUCUCAGGUUAUUUUUUUUCACGCUUUGGUAUCCAUUUAAAAACAAAUAGGCUUCUUCGAUAAUAUCCACCUUCUAGAAGAUGCCAUGUGAAAAAGUUGUGGAAAUGCAGAAUAAAAAGCUAAAAGCUGCCAAUUUUCUACUGAAAUCUUAAAAACAGCUCAUUUUCGCCAUCUCGGGUUGUGCGCACAGCCCACGUGGAAUGUGACGACACCGCUGAUACGUAGCUCUCGUGCUGUGGUGGAGACAGGCUCAGGGACAUGCGCCCCUCGCCCUGCUCCCCAGGGCCUCGACAUGACAUUCAGACCCUGCUUGUAGUUGAAGCUGACCACACACCAGUCACACAACACAACAGAGGAGGAGGAGGCAUCUUCUGUGAACUUCCCAGUGUUAGUUCAUUUUCAGUCUAAUAUUUUCAUUUAAGUAAAAGUGGCACCAGAAAAGGGAAUGUUCUGGAGUUCUUGAAAAUGCCAAAACCAUAUUUUUGUCACUCUUCUUUGGAACUAAUUGCCUUUGCAUCAAAAAAUCAAAUUCAAGGACCAUGAAGGAUUUUCAAAGCGGGAAGAUCUUCCUAACCUGAGGGGUCAGAGGUUUUUACUUUAUCGUGCUUUAAAAAAAGGUUUUGUUUCGUUUUGUUUUUUUAUUGUUAGUAUUUGUUUGGUCUUCUUUUGCUUUAAACUUUUUAAUCUGAUCCUAGAAAAGCCUGAAUGUUUGUGUGUGACAUUUGACUAAGGUGGUUUAGGGACCGCGUGUCAGAAGGCAGGUGUUAGGCACUAGCAAUAUCCGGUUUUAAUCAAUUGCACUUGGUACAGUGUUGAGGAAGGGGGAAAAGUGUGGUCUUUGGAAAGCACAAAAGAAACCUGGAAAGGCAGUUUGGCUCAGGUAGCUACACAUCCGUUGUGUGUCAUUUUUACUUUAAAGCUGUCUAGAGGGAAAUGCGGCCAGUCCCAGCCACGAUUUACAUUCCCAGAUAACCAGGAAGCAGAUGGAUUUUCAUGGCUUUCUCUUAGCAGCCCUUUUCUCUGUCCUGAUCCCCGGUGUGGGUGAAAUUGGAAAUUACUAGUCUAUUGCAAACCAGUUCCUGACAUAGCAAAAUUUGCUUUCAUAACUGCAGCGAAAGAAAUCAGUUCACCAAGUCAAUGCUGCAUUGUGUGUACUGUAUUCUUUUCAGAAAAUAUAGUAGUCUGAGUCCGAGUUAUCUUGAUUUUAAAUUGAUAGAGAAAUACAAGAAACUGUCAAGCAAGUUAUAUAACAACUAACAACAUUGCACUUUCUGUAUAUGAAA